AUGACCUGCAGUGUUUCAGAUGGACACCUUGGGAAAGGCAAAUCCAUGGGGACACAGAGAGUGGUGGUGAUUCAUGAUGCAUCGCAAGAAUUAAUUUUACCUUCCCUCAGGUGGGCAUUGUAUGAACUUGUGCUAAAGCCUGGAGAUAAGCUCACCGUCCUCACAGUUCUUCAUCAAGCUAAAACCCAUAAGGGAUCCAGGAGCAGCGAUGACUCAGGUUCAGCGAUCCAACCAGACCAGAAAAUAGGUAAUUCUCAAGUACUAAGGAAGGAGGAGGAGUACGAAAACAACAUUGAACUUCUUCAAGUCAGCAAGCUGUACGAGAUACACAAGAUUGAGUUUAAAAUAGAGGUGGCUGUGGGACCUUCACCGAAGAAGACAGCUUUAGAGGCAGCCACAAAUCUUAAGGCAACAUGGGUUAUACUUGACAGGCAGAUGAAAAAGAACGGAUAUUACUUCCUGCAGAAGCUUUCGUGUGGAAUAUCACGGAUAAAACAUGACCAUAGCAUUAAAAAGUUGAGAGCGCCAAAAGUUGCGGACAUUGACAUGCUUCACGGGGAGAAACAUCAAAGUGUUGAUGUAAUGUAUGAUGAAAUGAUGCCAGGAUCACCGGAGACCGAAGAUCUAUUCAGCAUAGAACUUUUUCCAGACAGACUAGGUGAAUCCAGCCAAGAUCCAGAGACAACAGAGAGCACCAAUCAAGAAGGGACACAAAGGUGGCUGGGUCAGAGAAGGUUCAAAUAUUUCACAUGCACAAUUUGCAAGGAUGAAAGGUCCCUUCUCAGGUUCCAGAAAAACUUAAGAUAUGCAGAACUGGAAGAUUCUACAGCUGGAUUUUUGGCCAAAAGCUUCCUAUAUGAUGAUGAUGAUUUUGGAUCUACCUUCGGUGGUCAGUUGACCAAUGAACUGAAAAUGGUAGUUACGGAACUUGAGAAAGUGUGCUUGCUACAAGAGAAAUUUAAGACUGAAGUCGAUGGACUAACUGGAGCAAGACAUGAGAACAUAGUCAUGUUGAUGGGGUCUUGCGCAAAAGGAAACUGCAGGCUGCUUGUAUAUGAGUGUGUAUGCAACAGUUCGCUUGACACCUACAUUUCAAAUACGGAAAAAUAUGGUUGUAAACCAUUGACAUGGGCACAGAGAAUGAGAAUAGUCCAAGGUUCAUCCAGAGAACUUCGUUAUCUCCAUGAAGCAGGCAUAAUUCACGGCGAUGUCAGAGCAAAGAACAUUCUUUUAACUCAUGAUCUUGAACCAUUGCUAGGAAAUUUUGGGCUAGCAAUGAUAAAGCAGAAGUCGGAUCACUCAGUUUAUAAUGGAGAAAAGUCGGGAUACCAGGCUCCAGAACAUACAGAUACUUGGCGAGUUUCAACCAAAGCAGAUGUAUACUCCUUCGGCAUAGUUCUACUGGAGCUUAUUACUGGAAGAAGUGCUGCAGAUAAGACACGGGACGGAACCAGUCUAGAAAGCUGGGCGAAACCUCUGUUGAAAGACGGAAUGUACAGACAAUUGCUCGACCAUAGGAUUGCAAACUCGCAUGACAAGCAGCAGCUGUUCUGGAUAGUUCAAGUCGUGCGAAAUUGUCUCUCCAUGGACCCUAACAAAAGAUUAACCAUGGUUAAGGUGGCAUCCGCCCUGGAAUACAUAUCAGAGAGGAAAUACAGCUUUCUGAUUGCAGAAAUCAUUCCAUUCCUAUCAGAAAUCGAAGUCCAAUCACCCAACACGAAUGGUGUGCACGAUCCCAAGGAUGAACCAGAGCAACAAAUCUCGAGGAAGGAGGGGAACUCAAAAGCUGGUGUGAGCAAACUGACAAGACUUUUCUCGCUCAAGUCACCGUCGACUAGAUCAAGAAGUGGUAACACCAGUCACACAGAUCACAGUGAGGAAUUCUCUCUCAGUAGCUGGAAGAGUCACCGGACAACCAUGACGAAGCCAAAGUCAGGAAGCAGAACCAAAGUAUUCUACGGCGAAAUGCUCAAUUAA